GCGUGUGUGUGUGUGUGUGAGUGAGUGACAAACUGCCCAGUGCCUGACCUUGGCCUAGUUGGCGCGCACAGCAACAGCAACACUUGGAGUGGGCAGGGGCAGGAAAAGGAGGAGGUCAGCUGUCUUAGACAAACUGGCGGCAACAUUCUUGUUGCCAUGCCCAGUCAGAGCGUAACGAAUGCAGCUGCAACUCCGGCCGUAGCUGCCGGCGGUGGCAUUAAUGCAGUAACCGCAACCGUAACAUCUCAACAUCAGCAGCAGCAGCAGCAACAUCUUCAGCAGCAGCAGCAACACCUGCAACAGCAGCAGCAACAUCUGCAGCAACAGCAACAUCUUCAGCAACAUCAUCAUCAGCAACAGCUUGCCAGCAACAUGAGCAUGUUGACAGUCAAAAGCAACAUGGGAGCUAGCGCUCGUUAUCUCUGGACAGAUCGUGAGCUGCUCAUGCAUCUACAAAAUUAUACACCAUUGAUAUUGCUAAUUGAUUUUGUGGAAAAGACGCGCACAAAACGUUUCUAUGAGAGCUCCGAACGUUAUGAGAUACUCAUGCUGGUGUUUAUAAUGCGCAAGGGAGCGCCAUUUUGUGAGAACAAGCGAUUUCCGGCCGAAUAUUGGGUAAAUCUAUCGGUGGGUCCAAUUGCCGAGGCAUUUGAUCGAUUGCAGGCGGCUAUCGAUAUACCCGAUCCACAGAUGCCCAUCCAUAUGAGUGUAACGGAUUUGACCAGCUGGAAGCAAAUGUUCGAUGUCGCCAUGUUGGAUAUUAGACGUUAUGCAUAUUAUACAGAUCCAAUGCAAUUGGCCGAUGUUGGCGUCUUUAAUCGCAUCACAUUCGAGCAACGUUUUGGCAUGCAGUGGCAGGAAUAGAGAAAUCUGACGAUAUCCUUGACCCACUCUUAAGAAUACUCCUCUUCUAAAUACAUAGCAUACUUAUGUGCUAGGCACACACACAAACACACACAUGCAUAUGUACCUCAGCAACAUUUUGUAUGUCAUGGUGCAAUUAUUAACGAGGUGACUUAUUAAUUUACCACAAGGAGUCAAGGCUGCCACAUUUGGUACAUUUCCACA